CCCACAUGUGACAGAGUUACCAAGAAAACGAAGACGGAGUGAUUCAGACCCAUCGCAAAGCUCAUAGCCAAACUGAAAAGCGGAGGAGAGAUAAAAUGAACAACCUGAUUGGAAAACUGUCUACGAUGAUCCCUCAGUGCAGUCCCAUGGCCCGGAAACUGGAUAAACUGACAGUUUUAAGAAUGGCUGUUCAACACUUGAGAUCUUUAAAAGGUAUGACAAGUUCUUACACAGGAAAUAAUUACAGACCUUCAUUCAUUCACGAUAAUGAGCUCAGACACUUAAUUCUUAAGACUGCAGAAGGCUUCCUAUUUGUGGUUGGAUGUGAAAGAGGAAAAAUUCUCUUCGUUUCUAAAUCGGUCUCCAAAAUACUUAAUUAUGAUCAGGCUAGUUUGAUUGGACAAAGCUUAUUUGACUUCUUACAUCCAAAAGAUGUUUCCAAAGUAAAGGAACAACUUUCUUCCUCUGAUAUUUCACCCAGAGAGAAGCUAAUAGAUGCCAAAGCUGCUUUGCAAGUUCACAGUAAUUUCCACACAAGUAAGAAUCAUGUGUAUUCUGGCUCAAGACGAUCUUUUUUCUGUCGAAUCAAGAGUUGCAAAAUCUCUGUCAAAGAAGAGCAUGAAUACUUACCCAACUCAAAGAAGAAAGAUCACAGAAAAUUCUGUACUAUCCACUGCACUGGUUACUUGAGAAGCUGGCCUCCAAAUAUUGCUGGAAUGGAAGAAGAAAGGGACAAUAAGAGAGACAGGAGUAAUUUCACCUGCCUUGUUGCCUUUGGAAGACUACGUCCACAUAUUGUCCCACAGAACAGCGGCGAGAUUAAAGUGAAACCAACUGAAUUUAUUACCCGUUUUGCAGUUAAUGGAAAAUUUGUCUAUGUUGAUCAAAGGGCAACAGCAAUUUUAGGAUAUCUGCCUCAGGAACUCUUGGGAACUUCUUGUUAUGAAUAUUUUCAUCAGGAUGACCAUAGUAAUUUGACUGACAAGCACAAAGCAGUUCUACAGAGUAAAGAGAAAAUAUUUACAGAUUUGUACAAAUUCAGAGCAAAAGAUGGCUCUUUCGUAACUUUAAAAAGCCAGUGGUUUAGUUUCACAAAUCCUUGGACCAAAGAACUGGAAUAUAUUGUGUCUGUCAACACUUUAGUUUUGGGACAUAAUGAUGCUGGAGAAACAUCAUUGCUUCCUUGCAGCUCUCAGUCAUCAGAAGGAUCCUCUAGACAGUCUUUUAUUAGUGUGCCUGGAACAUCUACGGAAAUAUUACUUGGUGCUGGUAGUAUUGGAACAGAUGUUGCAAGUGAACUUCUGGACUUACAAAGGUUACAGUCAUCUUCAUCCCUUGAUUCAAGUCCAAUAGAUUUAUUGAAAGAUACACACACUCUAAACUGCAGGAAUAUGUCAAAUAAGGAGGUGAUUACCCUAAGUCCAUCUGAAAUAGGGGAACGAGAGGCUACAAAGCAAAACCAAAGUGUUGUUCCUCCCUUCAGUCAUGAACCACUCCUCGGAGAAGGAGUCCAGCUGGACUUUGAAGCCCUCUGUGAAAAUGAUGACACAGCCAUGGCUGCCUUCAUGAAUUACUUAGAAGCAGAAGGGGGCCUGGGAGGCCCCGGGGACUUCAGUGACAUCCACUGGACACUCUAGCAUUUGAUUUUUAACUCUAAACACGAGAAAAGUCUUGAAGCAUUUCAUUUACAAAAGACUAUAUAGUCUUUGUAUCCUUUGUAUACUGUUUUUAUCUUUUAUUCCUAUUAAUGGUCUGCCAGUUUUUAUAGAUUUGCUCCUGACUUUGAUAGGGGUUUGGGGAAAUGUAAUGUUUCCCUUCAGAUUCGCAGAAUUUUCUAUAGACUGCUUUAGUCAGUGACAUGGCUUCAAACCCACUAGUUGCUAUAUUUUUGCUAAAGUCUUUUUAACCAAGAAUACCACAUGUAUCUUGUUUUGGUUUUAUUUUUAUUUUAUGGUGCAGUUGUUUUGAAUUUGGGGAGUUAGUUUAAUGUGUGGACAUUUUCCUUGUGUCUGAGAUUCAUUUAUAAUUGACUUAGAAGAUUUGUGUAAUUUGGAACAUUUCCAUUCCUAAGAUAUUUCCUUCACUGAGGACAGGGCUUAUCCACUUUAAGAAAACAGUGAG